AUGGCGACUGUAAUCAGUCGACGUAUCCAGCAGGGGAAGGACGAAACAGUGGUCACACCUGAUAUUGUGGCUGGUAACCUCUCAGAUUCGAAGGAGAGCGUUCCAACUAUAUCUGCUGUGGGACUCAACCUAGGUGCCCCUGCCGAUGAAAAGAAGUUUUGGUGGCAGCGACGUCGAGACUACAACCCUGAUGCCAUCGCCACUCUGCCAUCUGUGUUUGACGAUCCGGAAACUGCCAAAACACUAUCAGCCUCAUGGACCUGGCGGGAGGAGUAUGCUGUCCUACGAAAAGUCGACGUCAGGAUCAUGAUAUUUGCCUGUGUUAUGUUUAUGGCUCUUGAGCUCGACGGGGCCAACUUGACCCAGGCCGUUACCGAUAAUUUCCUAGGCGAUCUCGAGAUGAACACAAACGACUACAACUGGGGGAAUACGGUUUUCAAGCUCAGUUUCCUUUGUGCCGAGCUCCCAUCUCAACUCGUUUCCAAGUGGAUGGGCCCCCGAUCGCUGGAUUCCUACACAAAUGGUUCUCUGGUCUAUCGUCGCAGCUUCACAGUUUUGGCUAUGAUCCUCUACCUUUCUUAUUUCUACAAGCACGGUGAGCUUUCUCUUCGACUCGGAUUCUGGUGGACUGCUAUGUCUAUUGCCGACAUUGUCGCCAGUUUUCUGGGCUUUGGCCUGCUUCAUCUUCGAGGGCAUCUUGGCUAUGCUGGUUGGAGGUGGCUAUUCCUCGUUGAAGACACUGUACUUACUCCAUCCUGGGGACUUUUCACCUUGAUCCCCUGCCUCGUCACCUUCAUCUUAAUGCCUCCAAGACCCUGUCAAACGGCGAACUGGGCCAGAGGUAAGAAAGGGUGGUUCACAGAGCGAGAGGAGACGAUCAUGGUGAACAGAAUCAUUCGGGAAGACCCGAGUAAGAUUUCGAUGCAUAAUAGGCAGCCCAUCACCCCCAAGCUCCUGUGGCAGAGUCUUUCAGACUAUGAUCUUUGGCCACUGUAUCUGCUUGGGUUGAACUUCCAGACUCCGAUGACUACUCCAACACAGUACCUGACGCUAUCGUUGAAGCAGCUGGGAUUUGACACCUUCAAGACCAACUUGCUUGUGAUCCCAUCUCAAGUCGGCCACAUCAUUACAAUGCUCCUGUUCACUUACUUGGCUGAAGUGGUUGGUCAGCUCUGGCUUUUCGGUCUGCUGGCACAGUUGUGGGCACUACCAUUUCUCGCCUAUAUCUACGCGAUCGACAUCAAUUCCAUCGACAAAUGGGUGGCAUUCGGCGUUAUGACGGUCCCUCUUUCAUACCCCAGUGUCCAUGCAAUUCAGGUGGGAUGGAACUCCAGGAAUUCCAACUCUGUUCGAAGUCGGACUGUCAGUGCCGCUUUGUAUAACAUGGCCUGCCGAAGCUCCGGUAUUAUUGCAAGCAACAUUUAUCGAGAAGACGACCGGCCUCGCUAUCGCCGUGGAAAUCGUGCGCUUGUCUCGAUUUGCGCAAUGAAUGUCGGACUCUAUAUUUUUGCAAAGGCAUACUAUGCUCUGCGCAAUAGGUACCGAGACAAAGUCUGGAACAGCAUGACUGAGGACCAGCGUGCCGAGUAUCUUGCAACAACAACAGACAAGGGAAAUAAGCGCUUGGACUUUCGUUUUGCAAGUUGA